AUGGGCUAUGGUGGUUAUCCUGACGUCGUGGGAGCUCAAUACUCCCAGCAGGCCAGUCAAACCAACUUCAACCAGCAAAUCACUUCACCUCCCAUCGCCGGCGUCGGCAAUCCACCCAUGGCUGCGGCAUCCAUGGGCCAAACGUGCCCGCCCCUAGCCACUUCGCUGGAGUCUCAGCUCCGAGCGGAGGAUUAUUUCAACCACCUCAGCCGAUGGACAACGUCCAAGCCAUCCCGGCUGCGCACCCCCCCGGUGUUCAUGUCCCCCAAAGCCAGCCCAAUGCCAACGCGCCCGCAAACCCUCACCCACAGGCGAACCAUCCCGACGUUCUUGCACUGGCAACCAUCAAUGCCGAAACGUCCGAGGAGGAAAUUCGGCAAAUUAUCCGAAACGCGGCAACCGUCCUGCAUGCAAACCACGACCCGUGCCGCUACAAGUGGUUUGAAGACGGUGUUCGGCACCAAUGUGGCGCGCGCUCCUAGAAGGAGCACGGCCGAUCAGGGCGAGCUUUGCGCCGGGUGUAAGGCGAAGUCGGACAGGCGGGCGGAGGCUCGCAGGCUCCGUCAGCAGGAAGAGGCUGCCGCGGCGGACGCGGCUGCGGCACUUGAGGCCGCAGGAGAGCAGGCCGACAUGGCUUGA